CCUUGCGCCUGAAAUAGUGCGGAUAGUGUUAAUAUAAGAGUUUUAUUUUUAAUGAUGAUUGCUUUGGAUUCUGAGUAAGAAGUCGUAUCUAAUGAAUGGUGUGGUUUUUUUCGUGCCGUUAAUAUAUUAGUUGCUUAGAUUAAAAUUCUUGUGAGAAUAUAUUACAUAACUAAAUCAAUAGUCACCCUGAAAGCUGAAAAUAACAGGUUAAGGAAUGGUCGUCGUUAAUUCUUCUACUAUUGAAGAUAUUUUACAUCAGUUGAAAAAAAAUUAUGGCCCUUUGGGAUUUGAAUUUCAUUCAUUUAAGAUUGGAUGGUAUAAUGCAUUUGUACGACCAACAUUUAAACUCGAUUAUGAUGACGAUACUGUAGCUUUCUUGAUUAUCAGUGCUCCCAAAAUGUUUGAAAAUGCAUUUAUUCCUUUUUUGUUACAAAGAAGCAACCAGUUGGUGGGAAUUAACGACCCCAUUGAUGAAUGCAUGAAAUUUUAUUUUUCAAAGAUUCCAGAGCUUUUUCCCUGUUAUAAAAUAAAAGUGAUCCAUGAUUUUGAACUUCAUCCAAACAGACGCCCAAAAAUAGUAAUGCAGAGUGUUGCUCAUGCAGCUGGUGCUGCUUAUCUUUAUCAUCCUAACAGUCUCAGUUUGGACAAUGAAAAGAAAAAGAAGAUGUUUGGUGUCUGUAUUCAUCCUAAGUAUGGUGGCUGGUUUGCUCUACGAGGUGUUGCAUUCUUUGAAAAUCUCAAAUGUCCCGAUUUGGUGCGAAUACCUCCUUGUGAUGUUAUCCCAUCUGAAGACGAUAAAAUCAAAUUAUUAGAGCUGUACAAUUUUAAUUGGACUGAUUGGAGAUUUCGAGAUAUUAUCCCAGUGGCUGAAAAGUAUUCAGAUCUUCAGAUUAAAUAUUUCUCUGCUACUCCGGGUAACAGAGAAAAGGUAAUUAAUGAAAUAAUUAGUACUCAUCUGUGUGCUAAUGGGUUCUAGUUUUUAAAAAGUGUUUUUUGUUUUGUUUAUAAUCAUAGAUAGUGCAUUUAUAUCAAGUAUUUUGAAUAUAUUCUAACAUGUUGCAGAUUUGGUAUUAACAUCAAAGUAUUUAUUGCUAGAUUUUUUAUUCUAUAUAUUAACAUAUCUUUCAAACUUGCCCAUAUUAUAUUCACAGAUGAGGUUAGAAAUUUGAUCAACUGUUUUAAGCAAAGUUUUUUUUUUUUUAAUGUUAUGUUUGAUUUUAUUUUGCAAUUUUAUUGUUUUGUUUUACAUUGUCCUUUUUUUGUUUUUAUUUUUUGAAAUUGUUUUGUAUGCAUAUUCAUGAGUUUCAUCAAACAUGACCUUUGUCAUAUGACUGUCUUUAUAGUUCCUAAUUUAGUACAUCUUGCUGAUUGCUAUAGCAAUAAUGUACUCAAAUGCUUAAAUGUGUUACAACCAAACUUCUCCUACUCGCACGAAAUUUUUUACAUAAGUUAUGUGUCCAAAAUGUAUUACAUUAAUUGUGUGGCCAAAAUUUGUUACAUGACAACAUUAAUUUAUUACAAAACGUUUUAGAUCUUCUGUUAUUGUUUAUAAGUGCUAACUGAGCUAUAUCAUUUGAAUACUAUCAACAGCAAUUCUGAAUGAUCAAAUUCUAAUGAUCUGUAGUUCUUUCUUAUGUGCUGAUCAAUAAGACACAAAACUAUGUUAAUAUAAAACUGCUCUUUGAAUCCCCAUAAAAGAAUUCUGCUGAUCAGGAUUCAGAACUAAAAAACAUUGAUAAUAAUUCUUUAGUAUUUAAACAAAAUCGUUUUUUUUAAAUUAUUAUUAUUAUUAUUUUCUUGUUAAAUAGAAUAUUGGAAAUUCGCUAUAUAAAUUUUUAAUAUUGAGGUGAAAAGUUAAUCUUAAAAAGAUUAAUGACAAAAUGUUAACCAUUUUUUUAAUAAAAGAUAGUUAAUAUAAUUAGACAAUUUAGGAGGCUAAAUUACUUAUUUUAAUUAUGUUAAUUAAAAAAAAAUAUUUAAAGUUGCAAAAUAAAUUUUCUCAAACUUUAUCCUUAAUUUUCAUUAUUAAAUAUUGCACAAAUUUCUCAGAACAUUUUAUUUUGGUAAAAAUAUUCUUAAUACAGAUUGUAUUUCAUAUCCGAAUGUCUAACCAUUGCUAUCAAAAAACAGGGUACAGGAAAACUUUUUCCCUUUUCUUUCUCCCUCUCAUACUUUUUUUUUUGUUUUUUUGUAAAGAAUUUUGUUCAAAGUUUUUAUUUUGUAUGCAUUAGAAGUUGACUGCUUAUAUUACAAUUAUGUUGUAACUUUUGUGACAUGCUUUAUACAUGCUUACUUUACAUGAAUUUGUGUUCUUAAUUAGUAGAUUGAUACACUAAAAGUCUUAUCAGAUUUUGUUCUAGCAGUCAUUUUUGGUGAUUUGUCAACUUUUUUUUAACAUGUUUUCAACUAUAAAAACUAUUAUUUCAUAAGUUUAAAUUGUACAUUUUUAAGAAAUAUUCUACUUGAAUCUUAAUUGUUUACUUUAAAAAAAGUUGUCAGAUAGCUGUCGGUUUCCAGAUGUAAAGAAAAUAAUCAUCUGGAAAGAAUUUAAAGUUCACCUAAAUUUAAUGUGUUGGGAUCAAAGCUUACCUCAUCUUUUAAUGUAUUGGUAGAAGGAAGCAGAUACAAGUCAUUGUAAAUUUCACAUAUCAUUCUAAAGUAUAUACAGUUUUAUACAUAUAUUGAUGUUUUACAAUCCAUUGCUCUCUAAAAAUAAUCAUUUAUUUUGCAUUUAUAUUUGUAAGAUCUUGAUUUCAUUUUAAUUUACAGAAAUUUUCUAUAUAAAAUAACCCCCAUUACUUUAUAAUUUACUAUUGCUUGUUACUUGCUACUUUUUAUUUGAAAGAAAUAUAAUGUGAGGCUGUUUAUUUAAUAACAUUUAGUAAUGCUUUUUGUUUAAUCAAAUGAUUGUAGUUUCUACAAAUAAUCUUGUUUCAGAUUUCUACUUAAAUAUUCUUUUUUCUACUACUUCUUCAUUCUACUUAAUUGUUCUAAUUUUUAUUUCUUGUAGUUCUCUUUAAAGUAAUAUUGACUUAAGAAUCUCGAUAAGCUGAUAUAUGAAAUUGUUAUGAGGUGUAAAUCAGUAAUAUAGUUAUAUGAAAGUAUUAAAACUCCAUUUUAAGCCUUUUGUUAUAUGCACAUGUUGAUUAUUUAAUAAUGGAGUUUUUCUAUUAUUCUAUAACUGUUGAACAAAAAUUUUAUAUUGAUUUCAGAACUACUUAAUAAUGUUUCUUUUAUUUUUGGCUUUCGAAAACAUGAUAAUUAUUUUUGUUUGUAUAUGUUUGUUUUGAAAUUUAUGCUAUUACUUAACUCUUUUUUUUUUGUGAAAAUUUUUGAAAUUAAAAGGAAUUUCAAAAAUACUAUAACAGAA